AGUCGUCUUGUGACCCGGAAGCAGUCGUUUGACCUCUAAAACGUAAAACAUGCUGAGGAGUCUUAUGCAACCUUUGGCUUGAAAAUCAAAGCACUCCUCAUCACGGAGCAACUGUCAGAAUGGGACGUGCAGUUUCGAAGAUGUCGAGGCCGUUGAAAAAUUUCAACGUUGAGAACCGGGCUCAAAGGGCAUUAGACAAACAAGUAGAUCAACCCAAAGUAGCACCUCGAUAUCCUUCGUCUGCUCAAUUAUUGGACAAAUUUGCGGAUGAUCAUCCUGAAUACCUGACAGCUCAGAAAACCAAGCAUGGCAAACUGGUUGACAACAUGAGGAAGUUGCAGUUAGACUCCCACGGACCUCCCCCACAGAUCAAAUCAAAACCCCGGUCCAUGCCUGAAAGGAGAGACAAGUUGGAAGACCCAGAGUUUGGUUUUCUUGAACCAGAGAGAAUUCCAGAAGGACGGACGUCUAUACUCCAUGCAAUGCAGUUUAUCACUGAGCAUCAGACAGCUCCGCAGAAUUACACCUCAUCUCAGAUUGCACAUGAAUACAAGCUGGAUGAAGCACAUGUACAACAAAUACUUAAGUACUUUCAGACUUUCCAUAUGCAUUUGCCUAAAGCUUUGCUGGACAAGCAUCCUCAACUGCUGCACAGCAUGGGUAAGAGGGAGCCUGUUCAGAUUAAAGGCGGAGACAGUACAAUGUUGAAAGCAUCCUCGGAGACGGAUGGCACCAAAGUAUGAUAGUGGCUGUGUAGUAAUAGUGUGUGAAUCUGAAGAGUAUGUUACCUGGGAUACGGUGAAAACAGGCAGAAGUCAGAUACCAUGAUCUUGUCACCUGUGAGGUGCAAUUGUUUCAAUCUAGAUAAUAAAAUACUGACCAUUC